CCCCAAGAACAUGCUAAGAUCAGGUUGUCCUGUGUUGUCUGCAUUGCUUUGGCAGGACUGCAUCCAGAACGAUGACCUCAGGAACCUGUCCCUCUCUGGCCAUGUGGGCUUUGACAGCCUCCCUGAUCAGCUGGUCAACAAAUCAACAUCUCAGGGCUUCUGCUUCAACAUCCUCUGUGUGGGUGAAACUGGCAUUGGGAAGUCCACCCUGAUGGACACUCUGUUCAACACCAAGUUUGAAAGUGAACCUGCAACACACAACGAGCCUGGGGUGAGGUUGAAAGCCAGGAGCUACGAGCUGCAGGAGAGCAACGUCCGCCUGAAGCUGACUAUUGUUGACACCGUGGGGUUUGGUGACCAAAUCAACAAAGAUGAGAGCUACAAGCCCAUAGUAGAAUACAUUGAUGCCCAGUUUGAAGCCUACUUGCAAGAGGAGCUGAAGAUCAAACGUUCCCUGUUCAAUUACCACGACACCAGAAUCCAUGCCUGCCUCUAUUUCAUUGCUCCCACUGGGCACUCUCUGAAGUCCCUGGACUUGGUCACCAUGAAGAAGCUGGACAGUAAGGUGAACAUCAUCCCCAUCAUUGCCAAGGCUGACACCAUCGCCAAAAACGAGCUGCACAAGUUCAAGAGUAAAAUCAUGAGUGAGCUGGUCAGCAACGGUGUCCAGAUCUACCAGUUCCCAACAGAUGAGGAGACAGUGGCUGAGAUAAAUGCCACCAUGAGUGUUCACCUUCCUUUUGCUGUGGUUGGCAGCACUGAAGAAGUGAAGAUUGGCAACAAGAUGGCAAAAGCCAGGCAGUACCCCUGGGGUGUUGUGCAGGUGGAAAAUGAGAAUCACUGUGACUUUGUGAAGCUGCGGGAGAUGCUGAUCCGGGUGAACAUGGAGGACCUGAGGGAGCAGACCCACAGCAGGCACUACGAGCUCUACAGGAGAUGCAAGCUGGAGGAGAUGGGCUUCAAGGACACAGACCCAGACAGCAAACCUUUCAGUCUCCAAGAGACUUACGAAGCAAAGAGGAACGAAUUCCUGGGUGAACUCCAGAAGAAGGAGGAUGAAAUGAGGCAGAUGUUUGUCAUGAGGGUGAAGGAGAAGGAAGCAGAGCUGAAGGAAGCAGAGAAGGAUCUUCACGAGAAGUUUGACCAUCUAAAGAGGACUCACCAAGAAGAGAAGAAAAAAGUGGAAGACAAAAAGAAGGAACUUGAGGAAGAGCUGAACAACUUUCAGAAGAAGAAGGCAGCAGCUCAGCUAUUACAGUCACAAGCUCAGCAGGCAGGUUCUCAGCAAACCAAGAAAGACAAGGACAAGAAAAAUGCAAGCUUCACAUAAAGCCUGUCAAGCCAAGGAUGUUCCUGCAUUCACCUGCUUUUGCAGUAAUGUGUCUCUGCCACCUGUUUUCUUUCUUUUUGUUUUAUUUUUUUUUUUUUUUUUUAACAUGAAUAACUAUUAACUCAUCUAAUAACAUAGUGGGAACAAGGAGGAAGAAGGGUUGGGUACAGUGCUGUAUGCAACUAGACAUUCAGGGGUGGGUGGAGGGGCAAGAUAACAAUAACAUAUAUUUUUCUGGUCCAAACCAGCAGCAGUAAAUAAUUUUUGGCCCCAUAUUUUGACCUGAGAGCCAGGGCUGGACAUCAGCAGCUCAGGGGGAGCAUCGUUGGCUGGAUGAGAUCCUCAGUGCCUCCCCUGCUCCCUGUGCUGAAGGGUGGGGGGGUCCCUGGGUCUGCAGAACCAGGCUGAGGGAAUUCCUGCUCCAGAGGAGCUCAGCCCAGUCCCCAGGGGUCCCUUCAGUCACUGGUGGUGCUGGAGCAGUGAGGGUCCUGUGUUGGGGAGAGGGAUGGGGGGUGUGUGUGUGUGUGUGUGUGCAGAUAACCCACUGUAACUGACCUGCAUGCCAUGACAUUUGCAUGAGACUCUUUACUACUUCCUGGGUUUGUCUGACUUGAUCAUAGGAGUGGGUUUGGAUUUAUUGGCAGAUUUUUCCAGUCCCCCCCCUCUUCCAGUUCAGUGUGGUGGCCACCAGCUGAGCUGGAGCUGCAGGGGGAAGGACAUUGCUCAUUGUCACCUCCUGUCACUGCCCUAGCACAACCUCUGGAACCUCCCCUGGUACCCGGGCUCCAGUGUGCAUCCCCUGAGCAAGGCUGAGCAGCCCUUAGGCCAUCAAAUGCCUGGGCAGGGGGGAAGUCACAGCCUUCAGCAGCCUCUCAGAGCCCUCAGGGAGGAUCCAAAGCAGAUUUAGCACAAGCCAGACCUCACUCUGUGGCCAGCAAGGUGUGGGAAUUGCUCUGUUUAAUGUGUAUUUUUUUUAUGCCGUUGCUUUUUGGACAGAGUCUUUUCCUUCCUUCCCAAGAAGUGGCGAGCCAUGCUUACCCUAUGACUUCUGGAGUUCUUUCUCUCCUGCUGAUGUACAGCCAACAUUUCCACUGCUUCUAGCUAGGUAGUUUCCUCUUUCUUUCUCUAAAGCACUCUUAAAAAUAACUCUCUCCACCUGAGUCUCAUGCACUGCAAUUCUUUGCUUGCUUUGGGGAUGGAAAUUCUUGCCUCUCGGGGGGGAAAAAAAAAAGGCAGAAUCAUCACUUUUUCUGAAGUGUUGGAUUGGGAACUGUGUUUUGGGCUCAGCUUUUGGGUUGUCUUGGUUUUAACUCACUGCUUAAACAUGGCUCUGGGAAGAGGAUAUCUAAAUACAGGGGCUUGAACAGAGCAGAAAAAUAUUUGAGAUGAAUAGAAUAGAAAUAAAAUAGUUGAAGUUUCUCUUUUGGGGGGUGUUUUCAGUUGCACCUUCUGGUCUUAUUAACUCUGAUGCACUUGUUGUAAGGUUAGAUAGCUUUGCUAGGGAGUUGUUUAGGAAAAUGAAAUGAUGGUUCUUGUGGCUGCUGGAAAACCAGCUUUAAAAUCUGGAGUUAUAAAGGAAGAGGUUUGGUUUUGGCAUGAGGUUUGUCCUGUCACAUCAAAUGCACAUCACUGGCUGCUUGUGGCAGUAGCUUUGCUUUAGCUGUCUCUGUGCAUGUCCUCUUUUUACUUAUCUGCCUUUUGUGUCAAGUAGAAAACUUAAUUUUAACAUUUACUUGUCCUGCUUCAUUUAACAACCCUUGAAGGGAUGUUUGGCAGGGGAAAUCAGCUGAGUCUUUUUUAUUUUUUAUUUCCUUUUUUUGGACAGAAAGCUGUGGCCAAGUGUAUUGUAUUUUUGGUUGAGUUUCUCCAGCAAAAAGCAAACUGUCUGGGGGAAACCUGAGACUAAACCAUAAGCUUGAAAAUUGUAAAGGUAUCGUUUUGGUUUGUUGCCAAAGGAGAUAUUAAUGACUCUUUUUUUUUUUCCUCCUUAAACCCCUGGGCCAUGUUUAGCUUGUUACUGCUCUGCUUCUUCUAAGUCUUUUUUCACAGUAGCUGCUGAUUCUGCAUGGAGUAAGUGGUUACACUCUAGCUGGAUGUGCUUCCACCUUUGCAUGUAAGUACAGUAGUAGGAGACUCACCCUUUCUGCCUUACUACUGAUAUGCAACCAGGUGUCUUUCUCUAAGGGGUUCUUUUAAGUCCACUUCCUUACAAGUGGCAUGGGUAAGGAACAGCUUUGAAGCUUCCUGCCAUAAUCUGCUUUGGCUGAGAUGCUGAAAAAGAAGCCCCAGGGAAUGCACCAUCCAUGAACACCUCCAGCCACCCAGCUUGGAGCUUGCAGGCCCCUGGGCAGAGGCACUGCAGCCUUUAGUGGGUGUUGGACAGGCAGGACAUCAGCUGCAUGGCCCCCACAAGGAGGUUUCCAAACCUCAGAGCAUCCCAAAAGGAGCAGGCAAGCACACUGAAAGGUGUUCCUGGUGUGUGCUGGUGUUCCAGGGCAUGGAAUGAGCCUCCUGGAAUGGGAACCCAAACUCCAGGUUGCUGAAAGGGGCCAGGGUGGCUCUGUGGAGUGGGCAGGUGUGUGUCUGGCAGUCAGCUGGAAAGGUAGAGGGGAAUAAUAAGGGUUUUGCUUCCCCCAAAACCUCCCUGGGGCUGCACAGCUCCUCUCCAGGAGGGCAGUAAGUAGGAGGCUCCCUCUGAGCUUUGGGGUGUUUGCAGCACCAGGGUUUGGGGAACAGUGCCUGGCACCCACCCCAGGAGCCUCUGUGUCCCCCCAUGGGCUUUGCUGGCUGGAAAUCCCAGAGAAAUCAAGGAGCUGUGUCCCUCUGUGUCUCUCUUUAGCAUCUCUGUAUUUGGUGUGAGCAGUGUUUCUCCAGGCAGCUCUCCCUCUGCUCUGCUAAAGCCUCCACGUGAGAAGGGAAAUGUCCUUUUGUGUGUGUGUGUGUGUGUGUGGUCACAUCUGAUCUGUCCAGCUGAACCCAGCUUUGCCAUUUGUCCCUCUGAGAUGUUAAAGAGCCACCUCUCUCUGUCUCUCCUCCAAGGACCCAGGUUGCAUGUGCAGUGGGUGCUCUCCACCAUGCUCUGAGCAGCACAGAACUGUACAAACAGGAGGGGUUGGUUGCUGUGUGGGGGUGUUUUUUAAUUCACGGAAAAAUAAAGCUGUGAACAGCAGUAGGAAUAUUGUAUUUGUAUACAUUUUUAAUAUCCUGGUUGCCUUAAUUGAUAGAUGUAGAACUUGAUUACCUUGCUAUUUGCAAAUUAACCCGUGUUUGUAAUGGAAUAAUUCUGUAACCUGCCUACGGUGUUCAUGCCAAUUAUAUGUAUGCAUCUGUUAGAUAUUGUCACUUCAUUGGAUGUUAAGAUAUUUCCCUCUUUUUUAAUUACAAGUUGAAUAAUAACCUUAUAGCAUAAGCUCACUUAUUUCCUACAUGUGCUUUAGUUUACAUAAAUAAUGCC